UCGAAGGAUAGGGAGAGAAAGGGAGGGAGCCUCAACUUUAGCCCCUCCCCAGCCCUUCAAGGUUAUAAGUUCAGGGCCCCCAGCCUAGGUCUUGGUCUUUUCUCCUUCCGGCUUCAGGAACUGCCUUUAGUCAGCUGAGCAGUCAUAGGAUCAGCCUCUAGUCCCAGUCUCUCUGCCUCCAGCUCCAGGCUCAGCCUCUAGACUCUAGAUUUAGUGUGCUGCUGAGAGGGGAGGGCUUAGGAGCUCUGGGCUCUCCACAUCUGCCUCCUCCUCAGACCUACACUUGUCCUGGGGAGAUGGAGAGAGCUACACUGGCCACCUGGAAGGAGCGGGUAGAGCAGGAGCUGGACAGAGUUGUAUCAUUCUGGACCAAGUACUCCCAUGAUUCAGAGCACGGGGGCUUCUUCACCUGCCUCACUAGGGAGGGCCAAGUAUAUGAUGACCUCAAGUAUGUGUGGCUGCAAGGACGUCAGGUAUGGAUGUAUUGUCGCCUCUACCGAAAACUGCAGCGUUUCCACUGGUCUGAGAUCUUGGAUGCUGCCAAAGCAGGAGGGGAGUUCCUCAUCCGCCAUGCCCGAGUAGCCCCGCCAGGGAAAAAGUGUGCCUUUGUGCUGACCCGUGAUGGCCGCCCUGUCAAGAUUCAGCGUACCAUCUUCAGCGAGUGUUUUUACACUAUGGCCAUGGAUGAGUUGUGGAAGGCCACUGGUGACCCCCGAUACCAGAGGGAAGCCGUGGAGAUGAUGGAUCAGAUUAUUUACUGGGUUCGAGUGGAUCCCACUGACCUGGGCCAGCCUCAGCUCUCAGGAUCCCCCGAAGCUGACUCUAUGGCCGUGCCCAUGAUGCUGCUCAACUUAGUGGAUCAGCUGGGGGAAGAUGAUGACAUGAUGACCCGAAAGUAUUCUGAAGUGGGAGAAUGGUGCGCCCAAGACAUCUUGAAGCAUCUGCAGAGGAAUGGACAGAUGGUGUUGGAGAACGUAUCUAAGGAAGGCAAAGAGAUUCCUGGCUGCCUGGGGAGACAACAGAAUCCAGGUCACACCCUGGAGGCUGCCUGGUUCCUGCUUCGGUACGCUAUGCGCCAGCGAAACCCUGAACUGAAGGCCCACAUCAUUGAGAAAUUCAUGCUGCAACCCUUCCAUUCUGGCUGGGACAGUGAAAAUGGGGGGAUCUUCUACUUCCAGGAUGCAGAUAAAUUCUGUCCCACUCAGUUGGAAUGGGACAUGAAACUCUGGUGGCCCCACAGUGAAGCCAUGAUUGCCUUCCUCAUGGGUUACAGUGAGACCAAGGACCCCAUCUUACUUCGCCUUUUCUGCCAAGUUGCUGAAUAUACCUUUGAGCGGUUCCCGGACCCGGAGCAUGGAGAAUGGUUCGGCUAUCUGAACCGCGAGGGCAAAGUGGCUCUCAACUUCAAGGGGGGGCCCUUUAAAGGUUGCUUCCACGUGCCCAGGUGCCUCUACAUGUGUGAGGAGCUGCUCAAGGCUCUCUUGGUGGCCACCUAAGGUGCAGCGCCUAAAUACACCGGAGAGCUGGGCCCCAGCCGGCUGCCUCCCACCCCACCCCCCGCCGGGGGCACCCAGAGGACCUCAGCACUUUCUCCGCCCCAUUUCUGAAACGCC